AUGCUUAAUGUCGUUGACCGAGAUUCAUAUCGGGGUUGUUCAAGGAGUAUAUUACGCCGAGGAAAAAAAUGGUAUCGAGAGGAAGUACCAGAAGUAGGUAUCGGGAGCGGUGGAGCUGGCGCUGGCUUCAGCUCCGACUUCAGCUUCGGCUACAGUUAUGGCAUCGGCUACGACUCCGGUUUCGGCUUCGGCUACAGCUAUGGCUCUGACUUCGGCUUCAGCUACAGUUACGGCUUCGGUUCCGACUUCGACCACGACUUCGGCUUUGGCUUUGACUUUAGCUCCGACUUCGGUUCCGACUCCGACUUCAACUCCGACUCCGACUUCAGCUCCCACUUCAGCUCCGACAUCGGCUUCGGCUUCCCUCCCUUCCUUGGUUGA